AGAUGUUCACAGUCUCAAUCCUGAUAAAAUGUACUGAGAGGUGAAAUUGUACAAUAUAGCUACUACAGUUAUAAGUGUCUGAUAUGCAGAGGAAAAUUUCUUGAAAUUGUACAUUACAAGAGUGUUUCAUUUGCUACAGAUAAUGCUAAAUGGUGGGCGACUUGCCUUGAGAAAUAUAAAUCAUCAAUGCAGAGCUGCAAUAAACAGACAUGGGUACCCUCAAAGUGUAUUGCUUAUCAAGCACCACUACCAAACAAGACGAGAAGAAACAGACAAACUAGAACAACACGCUAACAACAACCCGGGUGAUGCGCAUGCGCAGCACGUGUUCUUACAGUCCGUUAUGGUCCAGGAUCCUGCUUUUGUGAUCAGGAGGAUUGAAAGUGGGAAGUUUGCUCUUAACAAAGAGUCGAUCCAGACAUAUGAGCGAGCAAGAGAGUUGACCGGCAUGAAACUUAUUGUCAACCCUAAUAACCAACCUCACGCUCCACCGCUAUUUAUCACGUUUAUUGUAGCGGUGAACGACAUAAUAAGAAAGAUAAUAAUGUUUGUAGUUGUUCCUUAUCUUCUCUAUCUGUUCAUCACCAAUCUUUUCCCACGGAUGUCCCAAGGAGGACCAUUUUCAACUAAAGACUAUCUGGCAACAAUCCCUACACAAACAUUUGACGACGUUGCGGGGAACAACGUAGCAAAGAAGGAAAUGCAGAACCUCGUUACAUUCCUGACUGAACCGGAGAAGUUUGCUGCCAUGGGGUGUAAGAUUCCGAAAGGAGUUCUACUUUCCGGACCCCCCGGUGUUGGUAAAACACUGUUAGCUAAAGCUCUUGCUGGCGAGGCUUGUGUUCCUUUCUUCUUUGCGUCAGGAUCAGAGUUUGAUCAGAUGUUCGUGGGUAUGGGAGCUAAGCGUGUGAGAGGUUUGUUCAAAGCUGCUAAAGAAGCUGCUCCCUCCAUCAUUUUCAUAGACGAGAUUGAUACCGUCGGAAUGAAACGAGGAUUCUCGGGUAACAGAGCUACAAUAAACCAGCUGUUAGCGGAAAUGGACGGUUUUAAUGAGCAGGAAGGGGUAGUAGUAUUAGCUGCAACUAAUGACCCUGAUGCGCUGGAUGACGCGCUUGUUAGGGAGGGAAGAUUUGAUAAUAAGAUCACUAUGCUGUCCCCUUCUAACAAAGACAGAGUGAGCAUUCUGAAGGUGCAUUGUAGGAAUAAGAAAAUAGACGCUGAUGUUGACCUGGAGUACCUAGCUAAAGCUUGUGUAGGCAUGUCCGGAGCACAGCUGGCCACACUGGUCAACACGGCAGGACUACGAGCUUGUCAGAAGAACAAGGAGAAAAUCGACCAGGACGAUCUGGAAUUUGCAAGAGCAAAGGUACUGAUGGGAGGGGUGGACUCUAGUCUUUGCAUAAGCGAGGAAGAUUCUUUCAAGAUCGCAUCACACGAAGCUGGUCAUGCUAUUAUGGAACUUCUUAGGGAGGAAGUAACUGAGAAGAAGAUCUACCUAGCAACGAUAGAACCACGUGGUGUGACGAUGGGUCACGUGUUCAGCGUAUACAAACAAGACACAUACGCUAUCGACAACGACCAACUGAUCGCGUUUAUUGAUAUUGGUUUCGGUGGUAGGGCUGCUGAGGAAGUCCUCCACGCAGGGGACAAGGGAGAGAUAACUACAGGGUGUGCUGCAGAUAUGAGUAACAUCACCAGAUUUGCUCGUAUACUUAUCGAGGAGAAUGGUUAUAGUUCUAAACAAGGAUUUGUGAGAUACUCCGACUCUGAGAUGAAGAACAUUGAAACUAACGAGAUGAUUCAGGGGGAGAUCAAGGCUCUUCUUGAUGAACGCUACAAAGCAGUGAAGGGAGAGUUGUCGAAGCACAAAGUUCAAUGGGCAAGACUUAGAGAUUUCCUAAUCGAAUACAAAACUUUAACUGGAGAGGAAUGCAGAACAAUAUUUAAAGGAGGCCGGCCUUCCAGACUCCCCAGCGAGGGACUCCCUUCUUCUUGACAUAAUUUAACUUUUACCCAAUCAAGAGGUCGUUCAAGAAAAUGAUCAGUAUGCGAGGUAUCAGAGAACACUGUUUAAUUUAUUGUCUGGGUGAAUGCUUCAUUGUCAUCCCUGACCUGUUUACCGCUACGGGUGGUAAAAAUAAAAUUGAACUUCUGCGCACGUCGGGACUAAUAAGGAACCAAUACGACCCACAGUCAACUUACAACUGUCCUCAAUCAUUGUGAUAAUCCGUUUGGAUAUUUACAUCACGCUAGCUUGAAAAUUAUUCCACAUUUGCAGAGAUAUUCGUGACCGUUUUAUAUUUCA